AUAACCCCAGAGAAACUAAAGCUUCAGCAGUUGGCCAAAGCUAAAGCUUGGGAGGAUGAGCAGAAGCGAAAACUACGGGUUGCUCCAGCAAUAGCUGUUGGAUGUUUCUUUGAGAAUUCACCCAGUCAGACAAUGACCGGGGAUGUCAGGCUACUUUAUGAAUAUAAGGCUGUUAUGCUUGUUGCUGUACCUGUUCAAACAAGUUUGUUUGGCUGCCCUGAGCCAGACAAGUCCGAGGAAGUGGAUUCAGAAGGAGUGGCUACAACCUCAAGUCAGAAAGGAUUUCAGAAGAAAUCAGUACCAGAUGAAGCAAUGCCAGAUUUGAUUCGCCUGGUUCAUGGAAACAUUAGUGGAAUAAAAAGAUUAAUUCGAGAGUUUCGGGUGUACUGGCUGAGAAAAACCAACCCACCAACAAGCCUACAUGAUGAAUCUUUAUGUGAAAAAGAUAAGGCCGAUGACAGUUUUUCUGAAAAGAAUGGCGAUGUUUCCAUUUUGAAUGAAUCAUUGGCUGAUUGCAGUAAUAUUGCAGAAGCAGAUGAGCUUUUGGGUGAUAAUGGGAGCAAUAAUUGUGAGGAACAAAAGAAAAGAGAGGAAGGGUAUGGUUGCAGUAUAUCAAAAAGACAAUUAGAGCUGAAGAUAACUUCAAUGGCAUGUCGUGAGAAACGUCCAGGGUUUAAUAAAAUAUGUUGGUAUGUCCAUGAAAAAAUCCUGACACAAUUUAAUAUGAGCGAUAUAAAGUUGCCAAAUUCUUGGGUGCAUAUCUUACCCAUGCCGGCACGAGUGCAAGUUUUAAAUAAAACUGCAGAAUCACCAGGAAAUAUUUCUGAGUCAAAUACUCCCAAAGCAAAUAAAAGUGCAAAAUUAGCCAAAAAUAAAGCGUCCAAAUCCAGUGGCAACAUUGAAGUAGCAGCUGAGGUUAAAGAUGACAGUGCAUUGGAGGGAAAGGAAACUCUUUUGAAGAAAAUAAAUAAGGACCAGAGAUCUAUCAAAGACUUUGCCUGCUCUAAGGAUGAAAUUGUUAAGAAAUCUGAGAAUCAGACACCUGUGGCUAGUUCUGGUUCACCUGUGAUGCAUUCAGACAAUGUUUCAGAAUCACAGACUCCAAGAAUAGUUAAAAAUACAAAAGGGUCAAUCAUAAAUAUGAUGUCCAAAUCAGGAGACACCAUUGAUUUGACAGCAGAGGUUAAAGACGAUGUAGAAGAAGGAAAGGAAACACCUUUGAAAAGAAUAAACAAGGACCAAAGAUCUAUCAAAGACUUUGCUUGCUCUAAGGAUGAGGUUGUUAAAACAUCUGAGAAUCAGACACCUAUAGCUAAUACCGAAUUACCUGUGAUGACUUCAGGUAGUCUGCAGUUGACUUCAAACAAGAGAAAGAAACCAAAUGCUCAGAAAUCUAUAGUAGAAUUUACAAAUAAAUCAGGAAACAAACAGAGCUUUAGUAAAAAAUGUCAGAGGAAUGUAAAGAAUAAUACAGCAAGUGAACCAGAGUUAAUUUACAUUGAUAUCGAUUGUGAGCAGGUUGCUGCAGAUUCUUGCAGUGACCUCUCAAAGACGGUCAGUUGCUCUGAAAUAACAGCACCUGUAAUCUCUGAAGCCUGCACAUCAUCAAUUGUGGAAGCCAGCCAUGCUGCCUCUGGCGUGGAGAUGCCAGUACAAACUGUGUCAAAUGCUGGCAGUAACGAGGAGUCCAUGGAGGUUAAUGAAGCUGUUGAAAGUACUCAGGAAGAAUCAACUAUAUGUAAAGCCUCACAGUGUUGA